AUGCUCGUCCCAAGAAUAACGGUGUACCCAGACGUAAGGCCUCCCGGGGUCGGCCUCUCGGGGUCAGCCUCCCGGGGUCGGCCUCUCGGGGUCAGCCUCCCGGGGUCAGCCUCCUGGGGUCAGCCUCCCGGGGUCAGCCUCCCGGGGUCGGCCUCUGGGGGUCAGCCUCCGGGGUGGGCCUCUCGGGGUACCCUCUGGGGUAGCCUCUCGGGGUCAGCUCCCGGGGGUCAGCCUUCGGGGUCAGCCCCGGGGGGUCAGCCCCCGGGGGUAUUUCCCCCGGGGUCAGCCUCUGGGGGUCACCCUCCCGGGGGUCACCCUCAGGGGUUCGGCUCUCGGGGUCAGCCUCCAGGGGUCCCCUUCGGGGUCAGUUCCCGGGUAGCCUCCGGGGUCAGCCUUGGGGGUCAGUCUCGGGGUCAGCCCCCCCCGGGGUCAGCUCCAGGGGUACCCCUCUUGGGGUCAGUCCCCCUGGGUCGCCUCUCGGGGUCAGCCCCGGGGUCAGCCUUCGGGGUGGGCCCUUGGGGUCAGCCCCCGGGGGUCACCUCCCGGGGUCAGCCUCCAGGGGUCAGCCUCUCGGGGUCAGUCUCCCUGGGUCAGCCCCCCGGGGUCAGCCCCCACGGGGUCAGCCCUGGGGAUCAUUCCCCCCUGGGCGCCUGGGGGUACCCUUCGGGGUCGUUCCGGGGCAGCCUUCGGGUCAGCUUGGGGGUCAGCCUCCCGGGGUCAGCCUCUCGGGAUCAGUCUCACGGGGUCAGCCUCUCGGGGUCAGCUUCCCGGGGUCAGCCUACGGGGUCAGCCUCCGGGGUCAGCCUCUCGGGGUCGGCCUCUCGGGGUCGUCUCGGGGUCGGCCUCUGGGGGUCAGCCCCGGGCGACCCUCGGGUCAGCCCCCCGGGGGUACCCCGGGGGUCGCCCUCGGGGUCAGCCCCACGGGUCAGCCUCCGGGGCAGCCUCCGGGGCAGCCUUGGGGGGUCGGCCUUCGGGGUCGCCCUCGGGGUGGGCCCCUCUCGGGGUCGGCCUCUCGGGGUCAGCCUCCGGGGUCAGCCUCUCGGGGUCACCUCCCCGGGGUCGCCUCCGGGCCUAAAGGGGGGUCACCCUUCGGGGUGGGCUUGGGGGUCACCCUUGGGGUCACCCCUUCGGGGCAGCCCCGGGGCAGCCCUCGGGUGGGCCCCUCUCGGGGUCAGCCUCUCGGGGUCAGCCUCAAGGGGUCAGCCUCUCGGGGUCGGCCUCUCGGGGUCAGCCUCAAGGGGUCAGCCUCUCGGGGUCAGCUUGGGGGUCGCUCUCGGGGUCACCCUUCGGGGUGGGCCCUCUCGGGGUCAGCCCUCGGGGUCGGCCUCUCGGGGUCGCCUUCGGGGUCGGCCUCUCGGGUCAGCCCUCGGGGUCAGCCCUCGGGGUGGGCCCUUCGGGGUCAGCCUCCCGGGGUCAGCCUGA